GUUAGCUGUGCUGAUUAUUUGGAAGCGUGUUGGCGCAUUUUAGCAUGAAUCAGUGCAUUCAUAUGAAAUAUACAGAAAAGCGGAACGUAUUUUUGCAAAAUCACAAAAAUUAAUUCAGCAUGGAGGAUCGUGGAGAGUUAAGCUUGGUGAAGAAGGUGGUCCACUCGCUGGUGGUGUCCUCACCAGGAAAACUGACCGUCGAGCAGCUGAUGCGGGAUUACCUCAGCGAAGAGGGCUGCACUUUGCCCUACAGCAAACUGGGAUUCAAGGACGCCGAAUCCUUUCUCCGAUCCAUUCCGGAUAUGGUUACGGUGACGGGCCACGGACAAAUGGCAUGGAUAACUGCAGUAGCCACUGCCAAAUCAGCGCACAUUCAGCAAUUCGUCCGUUGCCAAAAGAAGUCCAAGAAUCGAGGCUUCCACAAACCCAAGUAUUGCUACGCCUCCGAGCCAUCCAAUCUGGUCUUCAUUAACGAACGCGCCUCUAAAAGUAAAAACAGGAAAGCUCCGUCCCAAACUUAUCAGAGGCCUAGCAAUCUGAAACUUCCUGUUUCGUAUCCCAACUAUAGUCGACUAUUAUUUCCCGUCCAUACGCCUGUUGUCUACGCCAAUAUCGACCAAAUGAUCAGCACCAGACAGCAACAGGUGCUAUAUAAUUAUCUGCAGUACAACUUUUAUCUUCAGUCGCUGAAUAAUCCGUAUGCCUUUCCGCAGAGUACCUUUAGACCACAAAGGACAAGCUUUCCAUGUAACGCCAACUCCAAAUCAUUGAAAGUUAAUGGUUUGUCACAGAACGGCCGAAAACCGGAACCCUCAAUGGAACAAAACCAUCAGACACAUCCUGAAACAUCUACUGAGAAUAAGCAAGACGUGCCAGCUCAGGAAUUAGAGAAAGAAAACGAGGAAUUGGCCAAAGCUUUUAAAAACCUUUCCGUGGGCGUUGCUCCCACUGGUCACCAAGAAAAGCUAGAGUACGAAAUAUAUGAGGAUGAUGAGGACGAAUUUGUCAGGGACCCCUUUAUCUAUGGGGAGGUUAAAGAUCCAGAUCAAGUGCUUUCAUCCGAGGAUGGCUCUGAUCACAUAUCGAUGACCACAACUCAAAAGAAUGCUGUCAGGCCGCUGGAUCCGCCGGAGGAUUGCUUACACUACGCGUCUUCUGACGAUGGGGAAGAUGAAAAUGCCAUUCCAUCUUAUGCUGUCGACGAUCGGGUUCUAGGCGUUGACUACCCUAAGGAUGCGGUUCGUUCUGAUUUCACACUGCCUUCUCGCGUUAUUGAGUCCAUUAUCGAGUUACAGCAACGCAUUAGGGUGCAGUUGGUGAGCUUGGUCAAUCCACACAAUUUCAACUUCUGGAUAUAUAACGAAGAGUUUAAAGACUACGAGUCACAGUUUGCCAAUAUGCAAACGUUUUAUGACAGUUGUGCCUCGGAAAAUUACACAAUGCCACUGUUUUUGAUAACUACGGAUCAUCUCUGUGUGGUUCGCGGUACGAGUGGCUGGGAAAGGGCCAAAGUAUUAGGCUACCGGUCCAGUAACAACAAAAUGUCAAUCGAGGUAGAGCUGGUGGACAUAGGCGACAUAAUCUGCGUGUGCCAGCGGAAUGUUAAGUUUCUGCUCAAGCAGUUCGCCUUGCUGCCACGGCAAUGUUUGUCCGGUCGAUUGGCGUUCAUAACGCAGUGGAAGGCUCCAAAAUGGUCCGCAGAAGUUGUUAGCUUCUUCCACGAGAUGAUAUUAUUGCGCCAACUUUACGCCAAGGUCGAAGCUAUUAAGAACAAUACUGCCUAUCUUGUGCUAGUUGAUACGGAAAGACAUGCACACACUGUAAAUUUAAAUAGAUCGCUCAUAGAAUCGGGUUGGGUGCGCCGCUGCACAAGUGCAUAGAUUUGUAUAAUAUUAAUAUUGCAUUAAUUACCACUUGUGUGACUCA